AAAAUUGUGUCAAAAAUGGGAAACAAAAAUGUGGUGCUGGCCAGUUUCAUAUUGUUUUUGACCAUAGUGAUUUUGGCUCUUAUGAACCACUUGUUCUUCAUGCCCAGAGUGCAAAUCAUAAUUCUCCAAGCAAGUGAACAGUCAUUUCAUGAAGAAAAGGAUGCCAUCAGACCCAGCAAGGACAAGAUUGAUAGACAGCUGCCAUUUCUACAGCAAUUGUAUCUUAUAUUCAGAGAUAAUGAUAAAAAGGAAAGUAAAAAUGAACAGAUAAUUCAACCCAAUAGUCAGUGUACUGUUAUCGAUGAUGCUCAUAAAUUUGACUGCUAUCCAGAAGCACUCACUGACAAGGAAAAAUGUGAAGCUAGAGGAUGCUGCUGGCAAAUUCCACAUUCUAGUCCAUCCCAGAAUGGGAGAAAAAAUCCUAUGAACAGACCCAUGGGUGUCCCCUUCUGUUACUUUCCAGCAAAUUUUCCAGGGUAUAAGACAGGACUAAAAGCAAUUACACCAACAGGAUUUUCAGUAGCUUUAAAUAGGAACACCACAGCUAUUUAUCCAGAUAAUGUCUUUAAUUUAGUUAUGGAUGUAAGAUAUGAGACAGAUUACAGAUUAAGAAUCAGAAUAUUUGAUCCCAAAAAUGCAAGAUAUGAAGUUCCCUUAAAUACACCAAAAGUGACAAAGGCAGCACCAGUACAGAAAUAUUCAGUGGUUGUCAGUAAAACAGGAGAUCCAUUUAACUUUGCUGUGGUGAGAAAAAUGUUGACACCGGCUGACAAACCAGCUGUCAUAUUCAACACAUCCGGGGCAGCUCCUCUGAUAUUUGCAGAUCAAUAUAUCCAGUUAUCUACAUUUCUCCCCUCUAAAUUCUUAUAUGGACUUGGUGAACAUCGAGGCAGGCUACUUCAAUCCAUGGAUUGGAGGAGACUGACAACAUGGAACAGAGAUCAAGCUCCUCAUGAUCCUGAUACCGGCACCAAUUUAUAUGGUCAUCAUCCUUUUUAUUUGAUGAUGGAAGAUGGAGGAAGGAGUCAUGGUUUCUUCCUCCUUAACAGCAAUGCCAAAGAAACUGUUCUACAGCCAGCCCCUGCUUUGACUUGGCGAACAAUUGGUGGAAUUCUUGACAUGUACAUGUUUAUGGGACCGAGUCCUGCUGAGGUCGUCCAGCAGUACACAGAGGUCAUAGGUCACACCUUCAUGCCACCAUACUGGAGUCUGGGAUUCCACCUAUGUAAAUAUGGUUAUCAUUCUGUGAAUGAAACAAUGGAUGUGGUUAAAAGAAUGCAAGAAGCCAAAAUUCCUCAGGACACACAGUGGAAUGAUAUAGAUUACAUGGAGGAAUAUCGGGAUUUCACAACAGGCACUAAAAAAUUUGGAGACCAGGCUGCAAUGGUGGACACAUUACACAGCAUGGGGAUGCACUAUGUCAUGAUUGUGGAUCCUGGAAUCAGUAAUAAGAGCCCUUCCCCUUACCCUCCGUACAAUGUUGGUACAAAGAUGGAUAUCUGGAUAAAGGACAGCACAGGAAAACCACUCAUUGGCAAGGUCUGGCCAGGAGAUGUUGUGUUCCCAGAUUUCACUAACCCAAAGACCACAGACUACUGGACACAGAUGACCAAAGCUUUCCAUGACAAAGUCAAGUUUGAUGGAAUGUGGAUUGAUAUGAAUGAACUUUCCAACUUCUAUGAUGGCUCACUGACUGGUUGCAGAGGAAACAAAUAUGACAAUCCACCAUAUGUUCCAGCUGUCCUUGGUGAUCAUUUGAAGUCAAGGACAAUCUGUCCAUCAGCUCAGCAGAAUGUGUCCUUGACCUACAAUGUCCAUGAUUUGUAUGGUUUAACAGAAACCAUGGCAACAUAUCAGGCUUUGAAGACUGUGAGAGGAACACGACCUUUUGUAAUUUCUCGCUCCACAUUUGCUGGUCAAGGACAUUAUGGUGGUCACUGGUCUGGGGAUAACUAUGCACGCUAUGAAGAUAUGGCUCUCUCUGUACCAGAAAUGUUGAAUAUGAAUAUGUUUGGCAUCUCCAUGAUUGGUGCUGACAUUUGUGGUUUCCAUGACGACACCACAGAACAAUUGUGUCAAAGAUGGCAGCAGCUUGGAGCUUUUUAUCCCUUCUCCAGAAACCACAAUGAUCUUGGAAAGAAGGCCCAGGAUCCUGCAGUGUUUAGUGAUGCCAUGAAAAACUCCACUAGAAAAGCCCUCACUACUAGAUACAUGCUUCUUCCUUAUCUGUACACUCUAUUUCAUAAAUCCAAUGCUAUGGGGGAAACUGUGGCCAGACCACUGUUCUUUGAAUUUCCACAUGAUAUUAACACCUAUGGCAUUGAUGAUCAGUUUAUGCUGGGCUCAGCUUUAAUGAUUACACCAGUGUUAACUAAAGACACAACUCAACUAAACACAUACUUUCCUGCAAGUAUUUGGUAUGACUUUGCUAAGGGUAAAAGAAUUAUGGGUAAUGGCUCCAGAAUGAGUAUGGAUGCACCAAUGGACUCCAUCAAUGUGUAUGUAAGAGGAGGAAAUAUUUUACCUAUGAAAGCAGCUUCAAUGACCACAACAGAGAGUCGUAAGAACAAUUUUAACUUGUUUGUGGCCCUGAAUGGAACAGGACAGGCAGAUGGAGCUCUGUUUUGGGAUGAUGGAGAGACUAUAGGCACACAUGAAAGUGGAGACUUCAACAUGAUCAUGUUUAAGGCAGAUAAGGACACCAUUACCUCUGGAGUGAUGAAGUCAGGUUACACAGGAGAGGAUAUGAAACUUGAGUUCCUCUACGUGGCUGGAGUGGACGCACAACCAAAGACGGUCACUGUUAAUGGUGCAACAGCUCAGUUUAAAUACGACUCAAAUAAUAAGACUUUGACAGUUUAUCUUCCCAUUGUUGACCUACUGAAGCCUUUUACUGUGAAGUGGAUGUGAUAUGAUUCAGGAGUUCAAAGGUCAGAUCAGGAAGGAGGACAAUGUUGCCAGAUUUUAAUAAAUUUGACUUUAAAAUUAAUUUCUCAGAGAACUCUCUUCCUCUCACUGUCAAAUUAAUGAAAGUUCUCUUAUAAAUUACUAGAUUAUAGCUUAAGGUUUUCAUUCCAUUUCUGAAAAAUCAUUCCCUCAUAUUUUUGCAUGUAUCUUUUUUUUUAAUACAUUAGUAAAUACAUGUACCUUUGAAGCAUAGUAGGUUUUGAAGCAUUGAAUAACAUAUGCUAUUACAAGCACACUACAAUCACAUUUUCUUGGUGUAUUCUGUAAUGAUGGAGCAAGUCAGUUGAAGUAAUAUUUGCCAUCAGAUGUACAUGUAUAAAACACUGUAUGUUAAUUUUGAUAAUUUUCCCUUAAUUAUUUUAUGGUUGUAGACAUGUUUUGUAUUUCAAGAUUGGGUUGUCCAAAUCUUCGUUUGCAUGCAAGAGUUCCUUCUCUUUGUCAUUCUAAUCUUAUUCACAGGACUGAAGAAAAUUUAUGGCAUUUAUCCACUUGCAAAUCUAGUCUUACUUGGUUUUUGCACAAUCUAAAAAUACAAUUAAAAAAAAAUGUGUUCAUAGCUUUCUGCUUUGUCUUAUGGAAAGGUUGCGGAAGUGAGAAAAUCGGGGGGGGGGGGGGGAUCCAGCAUCAUCAGAUCCGCCUCAAAACACCAUUGGCUCUUCUUUGCCAAAUACGCCUUUUUCUAAAUUUUUUAUUAAGGUCUUUUUUUUAAAUAUUAAGGAUGAGUACUUGUGGAGAGACAGAAGGAUAGAUAGACGGGGAUAAACAUAACCUCCUUCUAACCCCUUUGUUAAGGGGCAAUGACAAUGAAAUGCUAAUGUCACUGAAUGAUAAAUUCUCCUUUCCUUGACCUAUUUUGUGUGACGCCAGUAAUACAUGCACAGUGUGUAUCUUUUCAAGAUGUGUACAUUCUAGGUGGACAUUUCUAAUUCAUGCUUACUUGAUAUGAUAGACAAUUUGUUUUUAAAAUUUGAUUUGUGAGGAUGAUUACAUAAAGACAAUUAAGUGUACCUGCUUAGAUUUGCUUUGAAUAUUUGAUCAAAAUAUUCUAAUGUGUUUCAAAUAAAUAUGAAGAAGAGAUUUGAAAGAAUUUGUAGUGAACGUAUGAGUAUUGUUUAGAAUAAUAAAUGAAAGGUGAUUCUUUUUCAUUCAUGCCAGUAAUUAAUGGUGCUAGUAUGACUUCAAAUGUAUGAUUUUAUUAUGCAUAUUUUAAAACAUUUACAAUUGCUUAUAUAGUUAUACUGCUAUGCAAAUUGAAAAUAUAGAAAUUUUAGUUCUGUAAGUCUCUGCUUGU